CUACAGGCACAGGUUGGGCGAUUCUGGACUGGAAUAAGAAGAUGCUCCAGCUUCUAAUUCCACUGCUCAUGGCGCUCAAGGGACAUGCCCAGGAAGAUCCAGAAAAAGCUCCGUGUGGCUACAGACCUGCCUUUUCAACUUCAACAUCGUUACAAUUUCACGAACUAUUUGAGGUUCAGGAAGGCGAGUUCCCAUGGCAAAUUAGAAAUGGCAUUGGGAAAUGUCACUGUGGUCAUGGGGAUCAGAACAUUCAGCGAUGUCCACUUGGAAAGAAAGCGAGUGCAGAAGAUAAUUAUUCACAAAGACUAUAAGCCGUCCCACCUUGACAGCGACCUCUCCCUGCUCCUGCUGGCCACACCAAUACAAUUCACUAACUUCAAAAUGCCCGUCUGCCUGCAGGAGAAAGAGAGGAUCUGGGACCGGUGUUGGAUGGCAGAGUGGGUGACUGAUGCGUAUGAUGAAUAUGACAACUUAAACACGUACCUGCAGAAGCUGAGAUUGGUGCAGCUUAACCGGAGAGAAUGCAGCAAGAGGGUAGACCAGCUCUCCAGCAACAUGCUUUGUGCCUGGAAGGAACCAGGCACCCAAGGCACUUCCCAGGGAGACGGUGGGGCACCUCUGAUCUGUACUAUGCAUGGAACCCAGAGGCUCUUCCAAGUGGGUGUCUUCAGCUGGGGCAUAAGAUCCGGCUUCAGGGGGAGGCCUGGGAUGUUUGUGUCUGUGGCUCAAUUUGUUCCAUGGAUCCGGGAAGAGACGCAAAAGGAGGGGAAAGCCUAUACCAUUUCGGGAGCCCAAAGAAGUUCUCUGCCUCAUGUUCUGCAGUACCCCUUAUUGCUAGGCUUGGGGUCUCAGAUGCUGCUUACCACCGUGUUUACUGGUGAUAAAUCAAAUCACUAA